CUUUUAUCUAUUAAUUUAUAUGUAUUUAAAGGGGACCUAAACAUUUUCUAACUAUAUUUUAUGUUAGUAAGAUACGCGUGUAUAAAUUAGUUGAACUUCAAGCAAUCAUGAAAAUUGUACUUCUGUUUUUUCUUUGCUGCACUUUUCAUGCAGCAUUUAGUAGAUCAUUAGAAGAAUGUCCUGGUGGAGCAGCUUCGCAUACAAUACAGGACACUCGAGAAAUUAAUGGAAAUUUAUUCGAACCCAUAAAAGUCCGUUUUCCUGAGACGGGCGAAUACGCCGCUGCAAUUUCCUGUAUUCUGGCAAUCGAUAAAUCUAAUAGUCACAGUGACCCAGUCAUAACGCAAGGAGGUAUAGGAGACUUUUUUGUCGAGAUAACCGUAGGUCCUUGGCUUCUAGAACAACUAAAAUACAGAUUUGAAAUUUAUACUGGUUAAUAAAAAGUGUAAAUAAUGUUAUAAACAGAUAAUGAAUAAAUAAUGAGCAUGUAAUACUAACAGAAUAGUUUUAAU